AUGGCUCUCGAUUCGAUGCAACUCCGCGACGAAGCGGUCCGCGAUCGCGUUCGCGCCGCCACAGAAUUCCUGGAUCCCACAGACCCUCGAGCCCGCUCCUACCGCGGCGACAUCGUCACGAUGCUGAAUCGACACCAGCGCAGGUUGACCGUGUCGCUCGAUGAUCUACGAAGUCACAACAGAGAGCUCGCCGAUGGCAUCCUCUUUCACCCUUUCGAUCACAGUUUAGCAUUUGACCAAGCGCUGAAGAACAUUAUUGACACGCUGCCCAAUCGCGCGGCGUUCGAGACGGAUCCUGAGGCCAUGUACUACGUGGCGUAUACCGGCAGUUUUGGAGAAAACGCUUGCAACCCCAGGACGUUGAACAGUGCAUUGCUGAACCGCAUGGUGUGUCUGGAAGGCAUUGUCACACGAUGCAGUCUGGUGAGACCGAAGGUGGUGAAGAGCGUGCAUUGGAAUGAAAACAAGGGCAUGUUCCACUUCAGAGAGUACCGCGAUCAGACUAUGACCGUCGACAAACCUGGCAGCUCGAGCGUCUACCCGCAGCAGGAUGACGAGAAGAACCCUCUCAUCACAGAGUAUGGCUACUGCACGUACCGCGACCAUCAGACGAUAUCGAUCCAGGAGAUGCCGGAGCGCGCGCCCGCCGGCCAGCUUCCUCGCGGUGUCGAUGUGAUUAUGGACGAUGAUAUGGUGGAUCGCGUCAAGCCGGGCGACCGCAUCCAGCUCGUUGGCAUCUUCCGCUCGCUAGGCAACCGCAACGCAGGUGCUGGCUCCUCCAUCUUCCGCACACUCGUCCUCGCCAACAAUGUCGUGCUGCUGUCGUCGAAAUCGGGCGGCGGCAUUGCCCAAGCCACAAUCACCGACCUUGACGUCCGUAACAUUAACAAGGUGAGCAAAGAGGCAAACGUCUUCGAUCUGCUUUCUCAGAGUCUGGCACCUUCUAUCUUUGGUCACGACUACAUCAAGAAGGCCAUCCUGCUCAUGCUGUUGGGAGGCAUGGAGAAGAAUCUGCCCAACGGCACUCACUUACGUGGUGAUAUCAAUAUCCUCAUGGUAGGAGACCCCUCUACCGCCAAGUCCCAGCUCCUACGCUUCGUACUCAACACCGCUCCACUCGCUAUCGCCACCACUGGCCGUGGCUCCAGCGGCGUCGGUCUCACCGCUGCCGUGACCUCUGAUAAAGAGACGGGUGAACGCCGUCUCGAAGCCGGUGCUAUGGUCCUGGGCGACCGUGGAGUAGUCUGCAUUGACGAAUUCGACAAGAUGUCCGACAUCGAUCGCGUGGCAAUCCACGAAGUUAUGGAGCAGCAGACCGUCACCAUCGCCAAAGCCGGCAUCCACACCUCACUGAACGCUCGUUGCAGCGUCGUGGCGGCUGCCAACCCAAUAUUUGGCCAGUACGACAGCAACAAGGACCCACACAAGAACAUCGCCCUACCAGAUUCACUCCUUUCGCGUUUCGAUCUGCUGUUCGUCGUCACAGAUGACAUCGACGACACGCGCGAUCGACGCAUCAGUGAGCACGUUCUUCGCAUGCACUCGUACCGUCCUCCUGGUCUUGAGGAGGGUGCACCCAUCCGCGAAACAGGUGGGCAGACGCUCGGGAUCGGAGCCGAGGAGGAGAAGGGCCAGGAAGCCAAGAGCACUGAAGUUUACGAGAAGUACAAUCCUGUGCUUCAUGCAGGCUUCAAACCUGCCAGUGCUCCUGCCGGGGGUCGCAGAGGUGGUAGGGGCCGCCGAGCACAGCCUCAGGACGUCAGCCCAAUCAGCAUGGCAUUCAUCAAGAAGUACAUCCAAUACGCCAAGAGUCGAUGCAAGCCGAUCUUGACCAAGGAAGCGAGUGACUAUAUCGUCAGUGCUUACAGCGACCUACGCAACGAGGACAUCGAUGCCAACAAGAGGCGCACGAGUCCCAUGACGGCACGUACACUGGAGACUCUUAUCCGUCUGUCGACUGCACAUGCCAAGAGCCGGCUGAGUGCGAGAGUCGAAGAGGGCGAUGCAGUGGUGGCGGAAGAAGUCCUCCGCUUUGCCCUUUUCAAAGAGGUGGCCGUCAAGGAGGACAGGAGGAAGAAACGCAAGACACGACACGCGGAUGCGGACGGCGACGCAGAAAUGAACAGCGACGAGGACAGCAGCAGCGAUGACGACGCUGGAGACGAUGCUGGCGAGAACGAUAGCGCGUACCGCGGCACGGCUCCAAGAGCAAACCGCGAACAGCCUGCAACGCGCAGCCAGCGAUCUGCAAGGACGAAUGCGAAUGGCACCGCCCACGGCAGCUCUCGACGCGUCGUCGAAGAAGACGAGGAUGAUGACGAAAACGACGAAGACGAGGCUCAACAAGCGUCCACAUCCCGCAGCAGCAAACCCACAGGGGCGGAAUCCCAGCUCUCGAACCUCAGCAUCGCCUCCUCCAUGCCCUCAUCACAGCUGCCCUCCACCCAGCAAUCACAGACGCAACAAUCCAGCAGCGGUCCGGGCCUCGGCGGCAGCGCUGGCGCCAGCCAGGUCUCGCGCGAGCGCCUCGUGCGCUUCCGCGCCAUUUUGGGGCCUCUGAAGCGCAGUGCCCUGUUCAGCGGCGACGAUGAGGCGGCGAGCGAAGAUGCCAUUCGCGCCAAAGUCAAUGAGGUGUUGGAUGACGAAGGGGAUGGCGAGGAGGAGGAGUUUGGUAGGGCGGAGACGAGGGCGCUGUUGAGGGAGAUGGGCGAGAGGAAUGAGAUUAUGUUCGAGGAGGGGAGUGGGGAGGUGUAUCUGCUGUAA